AUGUCGCGCCACGCAGAGCGAUAUCCGACAAAAAAUGCCGGAGCUCGCCAUCUCUCACUUCUCAACCGGAUCAGAGACGCGAAUGUCGUUCUGAACGGCUCAUUAUCGUUCCUGAACAACUGGACCUACUUUACUGAUGAACCAUGGAAGGACUUUGACCAGUUGACCAGAACCGGCCCGUAUGCAGGCACCCUGCAAGCUUUCAUGACGGGUGUUCGCUUCCUAACCCGGUAUGAGCAUCUCCUACAGCCUGGCCGGAGGACGCGGAUCUGGGCAAGCGACUCACAGCGCGUCAUUGACACAGCAGCGUACUUUGCAUCUGGUUUUUUCGGUCUAGACUGGGAGAAGACCGAUAAAGCUGUUCUGGAAGUCAUCCCUGAGACAUUCGACCGACACGCGGAUACCCUCACGCCGGGGGAUACAUGCCUAAGGUAUAUUGAAGACGCCGACAACGGUCAUGACAACGGCUACACUAUGCUGGCGCGUUUCCAGAAUAAGUAUAUUCCGGAUAUAGCAGCGCGGCUCACCCUCAAGGAACAGAACGAGGAAAUCGGGCCGUUGACUAACCUGGAGGUCUGGAGCAUGCAGGAGAUGUGCGGGUUUGAGACUCUUGUACGAGGAUCCAGUCCUUGGUGCAGUGUAUUCACUCAAAAGGAGUGGGAAUCUUUCGCGUACGCCCGCGACGUGAUUCAUUACUAUCGUGCGGGUCCUGGCAAUCCAUAUGCCGGCGCGAUGGGUUGGCUCUGGCUCAAUGCUACGACUGCCCUACUGCACGCUGGCCCUGAGGCUGGCACCACGUUUUUCAGCUUGUCAGUAACCCUGACAGUGAUGCAACUACCCGUGAUUCCCUGGACGCCAAAAUCCACAAUUUAG